GUACACUGUGUUUAUGUUAUCCGUAUUAUGAUAUCAUGACGUGUUUUUGAGUCUCGCCGGUGAAAUACGAUCCCGCACACAUCACUGAUUAAAAUGUCUACACCACCUGUUUAUGAGUGUAAAUUGAGCGUCGAACUACAGGAGAAAGCCAGAAGAGAACUUAAUGAAACCCAGGAAUCACGUACAAUUGGUUUAAAGAAACUAUUUGAGAUGGUCAGAUCACGCCCUGAUAUUACCUGUCCAACUGAUGCUGUUUUUCUUCUGGGUUUCUUACGAGCGCGAAAGUUUAAUAUUGACAGGGCAUGCAAGUUGUUGGAAAACUGGUGCAAAAUGCGAACGAGUAUACCCGAGGUUUUUAGCAACUAUAGGCCAUCGGAUUUGAAAGAGUUGAUAGAAAGUGGGGUAUGUGUCAUGUUGGAGUCACGUGAUAACGAAGGCAGAUCAGUGAUUGUUGAACGUCCAGGUAACUGGGAUGUGAAGAAGUAUUCGGCAUGGGAUAUAACGAAAAUAGAAAUGAUGAUGUGUGAUCUACAUCUUCGAAAUGAAGAAACUCAGAUAAAUGGAAUCGUGGAUAUAUUCGACAUGGAAGGAUUCGGACUUCACCACAUGACACAAUUUGGGCCUCGCUUUCUAAUAAGAACAGCGCCUAUCAUGAACGCGGUAAGUACAAUAUGA